UCAGUGACUCCUAAUUGCUCUCGGGAGCUCGAGCGACUACCCCUGCUGCCCUGUGCAUGGGCUCCCCCUAUUCUGGGGUUCCUCUUCCCUGGCGGCCUCCUCCCCAGCCUUUGCACACUGCCUCCCAGUCUCAGGCCUGGACAGGGAGGAAACAUCUGUCGCGCCCCCUGGCAGCAGGAAUGGGGUCGUGACCUCCAGAUGUGCUGGGAAGCGUCCAGCGCCUCCUCUUGGGGCAGCCAGGCCUUCCGGAUCUGUGGGGGCGGGGCUGCCCCUUCCCCCUCAGUGACAUAGGCUGCAAAGAAUGUCCCGGCCUCAAUGGACCCUGUGUGAAGCUGUGGAAUGGGGGGCAGAGCCCAAAGCAGCCCAUGGGCUGGGCACACACGUUCGAAGAGCUCACUCAAACAUACAGAGUUUAGUCCAUGUGGAACAGGGUCCCACACACACCCUUCCCUCCUUCUCACCCCUACAGCCCAACCCGGACCCAAGUCUGCAUGAGCGUGCCUAGAGCAUUUCACAGGGAGCCUGUCUGCCUUGCACAUAGAUGGCUAGCUUCAGUCUCCCAGUAGCCCUGAGAGGGGACUGGAAUAAUUAACCCCUUUUUAGAGAUGAGAAAAUAGAGAUUCAAGGUCAACAUCAGAGCUGGUCCUAGGAGAAACCAGCAUAGGAGGCCUCUGGGCUUCGGAGGCAUGUCCUUGUUUGGUUCCAGAGGCGAAGCUGAGGGCUGUGUAGAGCCCUCCUCCUACAAUGUGUGCCAAGACCCACCAGUAGCUACCUGCAUCCCCAGGAUAGGUUCCCAGGCCCCUGCCCUAGCUGCCACCUCCGUUGAGGGUCAUCUGGGGGGUGGUUCUACCUCAUGUUCUCACACCACCUUUUACACCUGCCCCUGGUCUUGCCACAUUUCCGUGCUCAGCAGGUCCCUGGGGCCUUGAGUGCCUGAGUCUCACAUCCUGUGAGACCAUGAACCUCAGCCCAUCCCCCACCACCCCUACAUCUCCGCACACAGGGCAGCCCGGAAAGGAAUGCGCAGGUGCAGUUCUGUUAAGGCCCUGGGGAUUGAUGGACCCAGGUUCAAAUCCUAGCUCUAAUGUGGAAUUGCUUCAGCCAGAAGCAUCACCUUUUAGGACCUCAGUUUGACCUUCUGUCACAAGGGGUUCAGAUAUACCUGUCCACAUCAGUGAAACCAGUAGACAGAGAUCCCCAUGGGUUCCUGUUCUAGCAAAGGGACCCAGUCUGCAUAACUCCCUCUCUUCCUCAGGUCUGAGCACAGCACCUGCAAGUGGGAGAGCCCAGGUCUGCCCUUAAGGCCAGGGUGACUUGGGUCCCAUAACUGAAUCGGGCAGGAACCACUGCUGCAACCUCAGCCUGCCGGCUGGUCACCAAAUACUCGUGUCUGCUAAUGCAGCCCAGCCCCCAGAGAGCCAGGCCCACAGAGCAUGCCCAUGUGGACUGGUGGUGUGGGGAGCCCGCGGCAGGGCACGGCCCCUGUGCCCACCGAUGACCUCUUUGCCCGCAAGCUGCGCCAGCCAGCCAGGCCCCCAUUGACACCACACACCUUUGAGCCAAGGCCAUCCCGGAGCCCACUCCUACGCAGUGGCAGCGAUGCAGGCGAGGCCCGGCCUCCUACCCCAGCCAGUCCCCGAGCCCGGGCUCACAGCCAUGAGGAUGCCAGCCGUCCUGCUGCCGUCCCCACGCGGCUUUUCACUGACCCACUGGCUUUGCUGGGGCUACCUGCUGAGGAGCCAGAGCCCACCUUCCCACCAGUGCUGGAGCCCCGGUGGUUUGCUCACUAUGACGUGCAGAGCCUGCUCUUUGAUUGGGCUCCACCACCACGGGGGCCACGGGGCCACAUGGAGGCCAGCUCUUCAACUCCAGCCUCAGCUGAGGACCAGGCUGCCAGCUCAGAUCUGCUGCUUGGGGCACCUGGCUUUGUGAGUGAGCUUGGGGGUGAGGGUGAGCUAGGCCUAGGUGGACCGAUGUCCCCACCUGUUCCCCCUGCACUUCCCAACGCGGCUGUGUCCAUUCUGGAAGAGCCACAGAACCGGACCACAGCCUACAGCCUGGAGCAUGCAGACCUGGGUGCUGGCUACUACCGCAAGUACUUCUAUGGCAAAGAACAUCAGAACUUCUUCGGGGUAGAUGAGGAGCUGGGCCCAGUGGCAGUGAGCCUUCGCCGGGAGGAGAAGGAGGGCAGCGGAGGGGCCACCUUUCACAGCUAUCGUGUCAUUGUACGGACCACACAGCUCCAGACCCUGCGAGGAACCAUCUCAGAGGAUGCACUGCCGCCAGGGCCCCCACGUGGCCUGUCCCCAAGGAAGCUUCUGGAACAUGUGGCACCAAGGCUGAGCCCAUCAUGCCUGCGUCUCGGCUCAGCAUCCCCCAAGGUGCCACGCACACUGCUUACGCUGGACGAACAAGUGCUGAGCUUCCAGCGCAAGGUGGGCAUCCUAUACUGUCGUGCCGGCCAGGGCUCUGAGGAAGAGAUGUACAACAACCAGGAGGCAGGAGUGGCCUUCACGCAGUUCCUCACCUUGCUGGGCGAUGUGGUGCGGCUCAAAGGCUUUGACAGCUACCGGGCUCAGCUGGACACCAAAACGGAUUCCACAGGCACACACUCCCUCUACACCAUGUACCAGGACCACGAGAUCAUGUUCCACGUCUCCACGAUGCUGCCUUACACCCCUAAUAACCAGCAGCAGCUCCUGAGGAAGCGCCACAUUGGCAAUGACAUUGUGACCAUCGUGUUCCAGGAGCCUGGCAGCAAACCCUUCUGCCCCACCACCAUCCGCUCUCACUUCCAGCAUGUAUUCAUAGUGGUGAGGGCGCAUGCGCCCUGCACCCCGCACACCUCAUACAGGGUGGCUGUAAGCCGCACUCAGGACACUCCAGCCUUUGGGCCCGUUCUGCCCCCUGGCGGAGGCCCCUUCGCAGCCAAUGCUGACUUUCGGUCCUUCCUGCUGGCCAAGGCACUCAAUGGUGAGCAGGCAGCCGGGCACGCACGCCAGUUCCAUGCCAUGGCCACACGUACGCGCCAGCAGUACCUACAGGACCUGGCCACCAAUGAGGUGACCACCACAUCGCUGGACUCGGCCUCGCGCUUUGGCCUGCCCUCCCUGGGUGGCAGACGACGGGCCACCCCUCGGAGCCCGGGCUGCGAGCUGCAGGCGACGGGUGCGCUGACCUGGGGUGUGCGCGCGGCGCCAGGGGCGCGGGUCGCAGUGGGAUCCGAAGUGGGAAGCCCGGACAGUGCCGAGGUGCCCUGUCUGCUGGGCAUCUCCGCGGAGACGCUGGUGCUGGUGGCGCCGCGUGACAGCCGUGUCAUCUUCAACUGCGCCUGUCGUGACGUGCUGGCCUGGACCUUCUCGGAGCAGCAGCUCGACCUGUACCACAGUCGCGGGGAGGCGAUCACGCUUCGGUUCGAUGGGGCCCCUGGCCAAGCUGUGGGCGAAGUGGUCACACGCCUGCAGGUGAGCCUGGGAGGAAGGAAUCCUCGGUCCCUUUGCCCACCNNGCGACGGCCAGGGCCGCCUGGGCUUUGAGGUGGACGCCGAGGGCUUCAUCACACACGUGGAGCGCUUCACUUUCGCCGAGAAGGCCGGGCUGCGGCCCGGGGCACGCCUGCUGCGUGUGUGCGGGCGAACACUGCCCAGCCUUGGCCCUGAGGCCACUGCCCAGCUGCUGCGCACGGCGCCCAAAGUCUGCGUCACCGUCCUGCCCCCUGAAGAGAGCGGUCGGCCCCGCAGGAGCUUUUCGGAGCUGUACACGCUGUCUCUGCAGGAGCCCAGCCGGCGGGGGGCCCCCGAGCCAGCGCAGGACGAGACCUUGGAGGUUGUCCUGCAGCCCAUCACAAAGCAGCUCCUGCGCCUGUGCCUACAAGAUGGUGGCAGCCCUCUGGGGCCCAGAGAUCUGGCUGAGGAGAGGACUGAGUUCCUGCACAGCCAGAACUCGCCAUCACCUCACAGCUCCCUGUCAGAUGAGGCCCCAGUCUUGCCCAACACCACACCAGACCUCCUCCUGGCCACCACAGCCAAACAGGCAGCACCUGUUGCUGGCAGGGAGACUCCUACCUCCCAGGAACAGCCAGGUAGCCCCAGUGGGCAUGAAGACAGGGACAACCUGGCCCCAGAACUGAAGGCCUCCUUCCUGCCACGAACCCUGUCUCUACGGAACUCCAUCAGCAAGAUCAUGUUGGAGGCUGGCAGCGAGACGCUGGAGGAUGAGUGGCAGUCCAUCUCGGAGAUCGCUUCCACUUGUAACACCAUUCUGGAGUCAUUGUCCCGGGAGGGCCAGUCCAUCCCAGAGAGCGGAGACCCCAAGGGAACUCCAAAGUCUGAUGCUGAGCCAGAACCUAGGAGCCUGUCAGAGAAGGUCUCUCACCUGGAAGCCAUGCUCAGGAACCUGCAGGAGGACCUGAAGAAGGAAAAAGCAGACAGGGCAGCCCUGGAGGAGGAGGUACGGAGUCUGCGGCACAACAACCAGCGGCUGCUGGCUGAGUCUGAGAGUGCAGCCUCCCGCCUGCUCCUGGCCUCCAAGCAGCUGGGCUCACCCACCACUGACCUGGCAUGAGGCCAUCUGGUCCAGCCUCAGCCUGACUAUGGACCUGCUUAGAACUGCCUGGGCCUUCAGGGUACCUGGGUCUCACCGGCCCUGGGCCCUCCUCAGGGUAUCUCCUUGUGCUGAGGCACAUCUUAGCACUGUCCCCACUCCCCAACCCAUUUGGUGGCAAAGGUGCCCCCACUUAUCACUGUUUGUAAAUAUUCUGUGGAGAAAAUUUUUUCGUUGUUAUUUUUUG